CUGAGAGGCGGAGAUUCCGCGCCGCCGCGAAGUGAGAGCAGCAUGGCGGCCUCUGGGAAGGCUCAACGCCGGAAACGCGGAGCUGCGACCCAACUCCCCAAGACCGACAACGCGGCUCCAGAAGAUGAAUCAGGACUUCUCACAGUUCCCGAUGGAUGGAAAGAACCACCUUUUACCAGAGAAGAUAACCCUAAAGGGCUUCUGGAAGAAAGCAGCUUUGCUACUCUUUUCCCUAAAUACAGAGAAGCUUACUUGAAGGAAUGCUGGCCAUUAGUGCAGAAAGCUUUGAAUGAACAUCAUAUAAAUGCAAUUUUAGACCUAAUUGAAGGAAGCAUGACUGUCAGCACAACAAAGAAGACCUUUGAUCCAUAUAUCAUCAUCAGAGCCCGAGAUUUAAUAAAACUUAUAGCCAGAAGUGUUCCAUUUGAACAGUCUGUACGUGUCCUUGAAGAUGAUAUUGCAUGUGACAUCAUUAAAAUAGGGUCCUUGGUCAGAAAUAGAGAAAGAUUUAUAAAAAGAAGGCAAAGGCUUAUUGGUCCAAAUGGAUCUACUCUAAAGGCGCUAGAAAUAUUAACCAGCUGCUAUAUCAUGGUUCAGGGGAACACUGUUUCAGCUCUUGGACCUUUUAAUGGUUUAAAAGAGGUUAGGAAAGUUGUUUUGGAUACCAUGAAGAAUAUUCAUCCGAUAUAUAAUAUCAAGACACUAAUGAUUAAGAGAGAAUUAUCAAAAGAUCCUGAAUUAAGAUUGGAAAACUGGGAACGUUUUUUGCCCAAGUUCAAGCAUAAGAAUUUGAACAAACGGAAGGAACCAAAGAAGAAAAAUGUCAAGAAAGAAUACACUCCCUUCCCACCUCCACAACCAGAGAGUCAGGUUGAUAAAGAAUUAGCAAGUGGUGAAUAUUUCUUGAAAGAAAGUCAAAAGAAGCGUAAGAGAAUAGAAGAAAUAAAGGCAAAGCAAGCAGAAGCAAUUAACAAGCGACAAGAAGAGAGAAAUAAAGCUUUUAUUCCACCUAAAGAAAAGCCUGUUGUAAAACCAAGGAAAACGACAACUGAAACAAAGAUUGAUAUUGAUGCAAUUAAAGAAAAGAUUAAAAAAGCAAAGAAGAAGAAGCUUGGAGCACUACCAGAAGAAGAAGUUAAAUUAAAAAUUGCAGCAGGUGAAAAGAAAAAGAAACCAUCUUUAAAGCUAUAGCACUUCACUUUUUGCAAUGAGGAAAGCUAUGAACUCAGCUAAUGUAGAAGAUGAAAAGGUGAAUUCCUGAAGGAAGAAAGGAAAAAUACCUUUCCAAAUUUUUAACCUAAAACUGACAUCUUGCUCUGUUGUAUUUUAAGCAAUAUGGGAAAUAGUUCCAUACAUGUGAUAUCCAUUAGAAUAAACAAUUGACUUUUAGCUGUUGGUGUAAAAGUGGCAGUAUACACAGGAUUAUCAUUGAGAAGAUUUUAUGCAGUAUACAAAGACUUACCAACAAACUUGGAUUUAUUUGUUUUAUUGCAUGGGACUCUGAAAAAUUGUUAUCUAGAACAUUACAAAAAAUAACAGGUUUUCUGAGUGGCAGCUGAAACAUUUUCUAAAUAAAUGUAUAUUGUUUCAUUAA